AUGGCAAAAUCUCAAUUCGAUUUCAUCGUCGUGGGUGGCGGAACAUCCGGUAGCGUGGUGGCUUCUCGACUUGCCCGGACUCGAGCUCAGCCGUCGGUGCUUCUUCUGGAAGCUGGCGGUGCCAACUCAGGCCUGACUCAUCGCUGUCCGGGCGAAUCAUCGUCAUUUUACACCUCGGAUGAGGCUGCACCUCUCAACUAUCGUUAUAGAGCUGAUCUAGGUGACAGACUGAAGGGGAGGGAGCUGCAGUAUGACCGCGGCCGUGGUCUCGGCGGCACCUCGUGUAUCAACAUAGGAUUGUGGGAUUAUGGCAGCCCGGCAGAGAUGGACGAGUGGGCUGCGUUGGUUGGUGACCAGGAUUGGAGCUGGGCAGCUACGCAGGAGAGAAUGCAAAAGAUAGAGAAUGUUCACUACGUGGACGAAAAUGGUGAUGAGAGGGGUUUGAAUGGGCAAACUUCAAAGCGGUUUGGCCCUGUCGACGUGUCUCAACUUGUUUCCUAUGCACCUACGCUAAAGAUGAUUUUAGAAGCAGCGAAAGAGGUAAACUGGCCUGUGAUCCCAGAUAUCAGUCACGGGGCUCUGGGACUUUCUGUCCCACCCUUUGCGGUUUACAAGGGUCUUCGUAUCACGGCGGCUUCAGCAUAUCUGUCUGACCUGCCGUGUAAUCUUAUUGUCAAGGUCGAGUCCAUGGUUGCUCGUAUUAUCCUUGAUGAAGGCAUUGCUAAAGGAGUAGAGCUCGACUUUGCCUUCAAAGACGUGAUUAUUUGCGCUGGGACCUUUGACACCCCCAAAAUUUUAAUGUUGUCCGGAAUCGGACCUCCUGAGGAGCUGGCUGAGCAUGGGAUUCCAGUUCAGGUGCCUCUGUCUGGAGUUGGUCAGAACCUUGCAGAUCACCCAUCACUCCGGUUAUAUACACGGGUCAAUGUCGACGCAAUCCCUUCUGAUGGCAAACCUGGGGGCGACGUGUCGACGUGGCGAGACCAAUGGUUGAAGGACCAAAAGGGCCCCCUAGCCAUGGUACCAAACAAAUUUACCAAUGGCUAUUUCAAGAUUGGCAACUUGGAACAUCUCUCUGGGUGGAAGCAGCUCAAUGAUCACACCAAGGACUAUCUGAUGCGGCCGCUUACAUCAAAUAUCGAGUAUGUUGCUACUAUUAUACCAGACCCGUCUCUGCUUCAUACGGUGUUGAGGAUUAGUGUUCUAUUGAUGAAUGCCCAGUCCCGUGGGAAGGUCCAUCUCAAAAGUUCGGAUCAAGCAGAGCCUCCUCGAAUUCUGCUCAAUUACCUGCAGCAUCCAUUUGACUUGCAGGUCAUGAUUCAAGGUGUUAGAAAAGCCAUGGGCUUUGCACAGUCUGCUGGCUUUGCGCAUGGGUCGUUUGAUGGACUGAAGAGCGGCUCGGAUGAUGAUAUAAUGGAUUAUACGCAAAAAAAUCUGCAGGUUUCGUGGCAUGCAAUGGGCACGACCAAGAUGGGAAAGCCAGCAGAUGAGACCGCAGUCGUGGGGCCGGACUUGCGAGUGUUUGGAGUGCAAAAGUUGCGAGUUGCAGAUUUAAGCGUCUGUCCAGUUAUCCCGAGUAACCACACACAAUCUACAGCAUAUCUAAUUGGCGAAGUUGCAGCAGAGAAACUUAUUGCAGAGUACUCAUUGGAUUUAUUAACUACAGGUUAA